AUGGAUGUCAAUUGUUGUCCACGUAACGACUUCUCAUUUCCAAUGAAGAACAACACGAAAGAAUUUAUUCCAACAUGGCCAACAGCAUCGACAACAAUUAGCAAUGGACUAACUUCAACAUUAUCAAGCGAAAACCUGUUUGAUCCAGAACCAAAGCCUUUUCAAGAUUUCAUUCUUCGUAAUACAUCGAACAUCAUGUCACUUGAACAAUCAUGUGUACUGCCAUUUCAACAACUUGUUUUAAAUGAUAUCAAUCCUCGUACAUCACCUUCACAUCCCUUUUCAUUCAAAAACGAAGCUUUACCAUUCAGUUCCAACGUUCAAUCCAAUAUCAAUGACGAAAAUGCUCGACCACCCUGGUUGCUUUCGUUAACAGCAGCUUCUCAACCACAAUCAGCUCCACCCAUGCGUGAUAAUACAACAGAAAACAUUCGCCAUUGGAUUGGCGAUUUCGCUACCGAACAUUCAACUGAUACGAAUGGCAUUCAACAAAUUCCUUUGCUUUCGCAAAAGGUCUUCAUCGGUGGUGUACCACGUUUUGCAACUGAAGCCGAUAUUCAUGCUAACUUCGAUCGUUUUGGCGUCUUUGAAAUUCAAUGGCCAAAAUUGCAUAGUGCACACAAAGAAUUACACCGUGAAAAUGGAUUUUUUCAUAUUGUCUUUCACAAUGCGAAAUCAGUUUGUUCACUAUUAGACAACUGUUCACGACAAACGAAUAACAAUGCAUGUGCAGACUAUUUCAUUCAUUUUGAAACGGCAACUGGCUCGAGAAAAACUGUUGAAGUCAUCCCGUGGAAUAUUGGUGAUAACAAUUAUGCAUUACGGUCAGUUGAUGGUUUUGCUGCUAUUGAAGUUUGA